AUGAGUGUAUCACAAGCUGUAAGUGGUUAUUUAAUUGCCGCUUUGCUUACACAAUUUCUUUUUGGCAGUCUAAGGUUUAUAUUUCGCGAGACAUAUGCUUACCCAGUAAUGGUUCGAAUUCAUACUUUUGCCAAUCUUCAACUUGUCAUGGUAAUAGCUUCUUACUUCAUCUGGUCACAGCUGAAGCCCGCCAUCACUGUGUCAGAAAGUAAUUAUUAUCUUAAUUUUAAUCCCUUAAUAUUCUGGUUUAUUUAUCCUAGCGUAUCUGAUGGCGUUCGAGUGGAAACGAAUUUUAUGAGGUGGAGGACAGUUUGUUUGGACGAUAUUGUGAAAGCGUUUUUACUGUUAUUUUUAAUACUAACACAUAUUUGGUUCCUGUAUUUCUACAUACGGGUUGGUGAAGAACCAGAUUUCUUAGCAAUGGUUUCACUGACGGCGCUUGCACUGAUAAUUCAUUUAACUGCUUUUCUGACGAUAGUUGUCUGCUUUCAUAGGAUCUGCCGUAUCUUCCUUGCAUUUAAUAUCGCACCGGACUUCACUAGGCACGUCCUCGAGAAAGCGAUGUUACACAGAGGAAUCGCGUUUUUUGCGGCAGUUAUUUUGGUUGCUGGAGGGCUUUAUACAGCGAUGUCUGCACCUUCUAUCGUAAAUGUUGAUGUCCCUAUUGAAAAUCUUUCGGAUGCGCACCAAGGCCUUAAGAUUGCUUUGAUCACAGAUGUUCACAUUGGUCCGUCUGUGGGCCGCUCAAGAGUGCAGCAUAUUGUUGGUCUUACAAACGAACUGAAUCCAGAUAUCAUUGCUAUAUCUGGUGAUCUCGCAGACGGAUUUGUAGAAAAUCUGGGAGUAGCAGCGUCACCGCUGCGUUUUCUCAAGGCACCUUAUGGCUCUUAUUUCGUUACAGGAAAUCAUGAAUAUAUUCAUGGACGUGUAGAUGACUGGCUUAAGUUCCUUCGGAACUGUGGGAUCAAGCCCUUACACAAUGAGAACGUGAAGAUAUCAAUUAAUGAUUCUUCACUUUGUUUAGCUGGUGUCGACGAUUUGUUUGCGGAAUCUUCUCGCGUUCCUGGUCACAAGAUGGAUUAUAAAAAAGCUCUGAAAGGUUGUAGUAAUACUACAAAUAACCUUAUUAUCUUACUCACUCAUCAACCAAAUGCUGCUCGUUUGGUGUUAAAUGACAAAAGUGUUGGCACAAAUAUUGAUUUGAUUCUGUCUGGGCAUACUCAUGGUGGUCAAAUGUAUGUGUUUGUGCCACUAGUGUAUGUAUUAAAUGCAUUUGUGCGAGGUCUUUACAGGGAUCCUGAAACUGGUACUCAAGUUUAUGUUUCUGCUGGAGUCAACUAUUUCGGUCCUCCGGUGAAAAUGUUCUUUUCUUGUGAAAUCAUUUUGUUGAAACUUGUAAAGGCGGUAAGUUCAUGA